UGUUACAUUUGCUUAUUCUAAUGCUUCCUUUGAUUUUAUUAGUUGGAAGAUUUUGAACGAGCAGUUAACUCAUCAGCUAGGAUGGACCGGCCUCACUCUAGGGAGGCUGUGAUUUUUAGACAAAAGGAGUUUGUUAGUGCUAUUAGAGAACAGAUCAACAAUGUUGAGAAAAGCUUGGAGGAAAUGGCAAUGGGAAAUCACGCUAAAAACUCUGAAUGGAAAAACUUGAAUGAACAAGAUAAAGAUAAUUUGGCAUUAUUCCUUUCUAGGGGAUUAACAAUCACUGUUAUGAGUUCGGUGAUAGUGACAUAUUUAAAAGAUUUCUUGAUCCAACCACGGCAUCAUGCUCAACAGAUGCUGGAAUUGUUGGAAAUGAAUGUGGAGAAAUUGAAGAAGUGAAUAUGAAUGGUAAUGCUUAUGGUAGCCAUUAUUAUGAUUCUUUGGAGGAGAGUAACCUAAGGAAAGUGGAUUCUCAAAUUUCUAUGAAAUUGGGUCUAAAUGCAAUGAAUUCUUUCCAAGAGAGUUCUUGUAAUAGGAAUGCUGACGAUGGAAGUUGGUAUAUAGAAGCUGGUGAUAGCAAACCUAAGUGUUUCUUCCAUGAGAAUAAGCUGAGAUGCUCUUCCAGCAGUAUGAAUCUCAUUGGUUUCUUCAAUAAUCUAUGGGGAGGAAGGGUUCCUAGCAGUUAUACAAAGCGAUUAAAAGAUGGGGAAGAAGAGCAUUCUCCUUUGCACAUUGAUGCUUCUCAUGCUGCACAGGGCCAGCAUAUUGGACUAUGUUCAACACUUAAAGACCAUGGCCUACAGGGAUUACAUGGGUUUCUGACAAAGGUCAUGCACUUGAGGAGGAGGCUUGGGGCAUGCAAUGCCAGAUUUGAUAGAUUUUCAUAUCUCGUUAAAGUUAAUCAGCGGUCCAUAAAAAUGAUAUUGGCAAUAGUAUUUGUCUUCACACUUUUAGGUAAGUGCACUAUUUGUACAUACCAUCUUCUAUUUGAUUUACUCUACUUGUCCCUGCUAAAUUCAAAUCUAAUAUUCCUGAUAUUUAAUUUUAUAUUAUUUAUAGUAGAUAAUACUUCUUUAGAUUCGCUGUUCAAAUCUAAUUCAGUUACCUCUCCUAAAUUAUUAACUUGUUGUUCAAUUUUAUUAAUUUUACUAUAUAAUUUAUUAAAAUAUAUAGAGGUUAUAUCCAUUAAACUAUUAAAUCCUUUACUAAAGGUCUAAAUAUUAUUUUCAUUCUUAGAGUCUAUAUGCAUAGUAUGAUUGCAUGUUUUAUCUUUAUAUAAGCAAUUUGUUUCUUCCAUAUUAUUUAUCUAUGGUACCUAAGACAGUCUGUUAUGUUAUUAUGUCUUAGCACUCAAAGGCCUAACGUCUUUCUCAGACUAAAACAGGCAAAACUAAGACAAAAUAAUAUAUGUAUGGGCCACAUUUCUUUUAUUAACAAAAAUAUUAUAAUGUUUAGUUUGUUAUUAGCUCUUAUACCAAUUACGGGGAAUGAGGGAUGCAGAAGAAGAAAGAUUAUAUUAUUACAAAAGGAAAGUUUACAAAAGAAAGAUUACAAGGAGAGGAUAUUUCAAAAGUAAAAGUUUCUAAGACUAUUUUGGAUUUUGAUAUCGAUCUUCGAUGCCUUGUUUAGGCUACAUACAUCUCUAUUUAUAGUAAAAUUUCUUAAUUCUAUUUAAUUUUUCUUUAAUCCCGCAUAGUGUUUCUGAUAAGGAUCCUGUCUCAUCAUUA